AUGUCCUGGAACGGGCCCGACCCAUUCGCUUCGUCCUCCAACCCCACCUCCUCCUCAUCGACUUCGCGAGGCGGCAUCCGCACCUCGUCCUCCGACUGGGUCCCGCGCGGUGGCUUCCAGGGCGAGAGAGGGCGCGGACGAGGGAGAGGAGCGGGCAGGGGAGGCGCAGGCAGAGGGGCCGGAGGACCAGGCGUCAAGCGACAUACGAACCUGAGUUGGCGGAGACCGGCGGACGAUGACACGACUGCGCAGGAUGGUCAGGACGGAGAGGACGAGACUGGGGAGGGCGGCGUAACAGCCGACGCGCCGAGUGCGUUCGCUGCGUUUGGAGCAGGAGGAGGCGGAUUCGGUGGAUUCGGUGCGACGCCAUCGGCGACCAGCGCGUUCGAGACGACAGAAGCGAGCACUUCGGCUUUCGGCUCUGCACCGAGCGCUUUCGGCAAUGCAGGCUCGACCUUCGGUUCCGCCUUCCCUUCCGCCUCAACCUCAACCGCCUUCCCCUCAGCUUUCUCCGCAGCGCCCGUCCAACCGACUUCUGGACCCGUCCCUCUCCUCCGUCAAGAGUCUCAGCAGAGCGAAGAAGCAACGGUGGCCCAGGAAGAGGGGGACAAAGGGAAGCAGCGCGCGAACGGGCAGAUCUCGACGCUCGAAGUGCUUGGCGAGGACUCGGAGGCGAGGCGGAAGCGAUUCGAGUCGACGUUGCCUAACAACCGGUAUCUCGAGCUCAAGCCGCUUCGGGAAGAGCAGCGUCUCAAAGCCAUCAAGGCCGGCUUGAUACCCGACCCGUCAAAACCGAUGCGACUCGACCAGGCAACUGACUUCGAGGGGACUUGCGAGGAGAUGUGUCCGGAAUGGGAGCGUGAGGAGCGCGAGUACCAGAACAACGUCGACCCGCUCGAACGGUACCCCGGCACGACGCGCAUCGACCCGACACGAGCCGUCAAGGCCUUCCACCGUCCCGCAGCCGGCAACGACCAGCCUCUUCCCUCCGACGUCCGUCCUCCACCCGUCCUGCACCGCACCCUCGACUACCUCUUCCACACUCUCCUUCCCCAACAUCCUCUCGCCGUGACUCAUCCGUUCAUUCGCGACCGCACCCGCUCGAUUCGCCAGGACUUUACGGUUCAGAACGUGCGAGGAAGGAGCGCGAUCGAGUGCAACGAGCGGAUAGCGAGGUAUCAUGUCCUUGCUGUCGGGACGCUGCGGGAACAGAGCGGGUUCAGCGAAAGUCAGGAGUUGGAGCAGCUGAGGAAGGUCCUCAAGUCGCUCAACGAGUUCUACGACGACGCUCGAUCGUCCGGGAACCCCUCGCCGUCACCCAACGAAGCCGAGUUCCGCGCCUACAACAUCCUCACCCACCUCCGCGACCCAGACAUUAUCUGGUCCUGCGAGCUCCUCCCAUCUUCAAUCUUUUCCCACCCCCUCCUCCAACGCGCACUCGCCAUCCACCGCCUCGCUCAAAAGUCCAACAUCGCCCGCGGCGAACGAGCCUCGCAGAACGCCUUCUCGCGGUUCUUCAAGCUCGUCGCCGCACCUGAAACGCCGUACCUCUUUGCGUGUAUCCUCUCGACGCACUUCAACGAUGUCCGCCGAAACGCGCUUGAUGCGCUCAGGAUGGCAUUCCUCCAGCAGCACAGCGCGUUUCCGCUGAGGACGUUGGCGAAGGUGCUCGGAUGUGAUGACGAGGAGGAUGCGAGGUCGGUGUGCGAACAGCUCGGUGUGGUUGUCAGGGCGGACGAGCGCGGGAAGAUGGUGGCUGAGCUGCACAAGCAGGCUGUGCUGAAGAUUGCGACGCUCAAGCCGAAGGUGUCGAUGCGCCUCGUCGAAGGCAAGCGAGGCGAAACGUCGUACCAAGCUGUCAUCGAUGGAGGCGACUACUCGUGCGCGCACGUUGAGGCGAUCCCAGCGACUCCUGCUGUCGCCUCGCAGUCGACUUUCGCGUUCUCGGCAGCACCUCCCGCGACAAGCGUUCCGCAAUCCCUACCACCUCCCGCACCUUCCACUCUCGCUCCGCCAGCAUUCGGUGCCGCCUCUUCCUCUCCUCUACCUUCGCCCUUCGCGACGCCUCCCUUCGGCGCCUCUCCCGUCCCGCCUCCUGCCGCCAGUACUUCUACCGGCCUCAACGCCACCGCCUCGCCAUUCGUCCCGUCUUUCUCGUUGCCGAAAGCGGCGGCACCUCCAGCACCUCCGCCCGCGACUACUGCCGCAGCCUCCUUGCCGACCUUCAGCUUCGCGCCCGCUCCGCCACCCGCAUCGAGUGCGCCUGCGCCUCCUGCCUUCCCCAGCCCCGCCGAGCCUAGCACAUUGCGACCGGCCAAACGACUUCCACCUUCUUCGCUCCGAACAGCCGGCACAGCCCCUUCCUUCACGCCCUCUCCUGCUCCGCCUGCCUUACCAAAACCCGUACCUUCCCCUCGCCGCCCAUCCGCAACAUCGCCGAUUGCAGCGAAAGGCCUGCGACGCGUCUCGCUGCCUCGAGCUGCAUCUCCUGCAACGACUGUCGCUGCUGCAGCACUUGCACGGCGCCAAGCCCUUGUCGACUCGCUCGUCCGCGACUUGACAGCCGAGUUGCUCGCGACCGCCGUCGUCGCGCCGGUCCAGCGGGCGAGUGCAAGCGUCCUCAAGGAGCGGUGGGCGGAAGUGAAGGCGAAGGAGCGCGAAGCGAAGGAUGCACUUGCACAGCGUCUGGCGCACCAGGCUUACGACGAGUUGGCCAGCUUGGCUGCGCGGGAGGCGAUACUCGAUGCUGUCCGACGACAACGUUCGCAGCGACGAUCGCUCGAGCGCUGGAGGCGGGUCACGCAGCGAAGCCUUGUCCACAAGGCGGAGGAACGGGCGCGGCGGAAGGAGUGGGAAGAGGUGGUCGGCACAAUCGAGCGGACGAAGGCAAGCCGGGCGGAGGACGACGAAGGCGCGAGCGACGAGGAUGAAUUGGACGAGAUGGUGGACGAGGAGGAAGACGGCGGUCUUGCUGGUCUCGCCGAUGCAGGACUUGACUUUGGCAGUCUCUCGCUCGACGCCGCUCGACAACCGGACAAGCCUCGCGAUGCCGUCGACGACGACCUCGUCACGAAGCUGCGAACGGCAGCUGAAACGCGCGAGCGGAUUUGGUCUCGCGGCACCUUCCUCGACAUCCUCUCGCAACAUGCCUCGGCAGCCCUUUCCUCGCAUCGCCUACCCUUCCGUCCCACCUGGUCCACACUCGCCUCAACGACCGACACCGAAUCGCCGUUCGGUGCUUGGCUCGCGUGCAAGUUCGACAUCCGACAAGAGUCAGGUCUCGCCGAGAUCGACACUCCCAAUGUCGACGUCGAGGUGCGGCUCCUCGGCGAACGCCAUCAGCCCAUCGAGUCGGAACUCCGCACAACCGGCCUCCUCGUCUUCGACUGCACGAAAUCGAAGGGAUCCUCGCCUGACUGGCACGCCGCACGGCAACGCCUGAACCAUCUUGUCGGCCAGGUCGCGCAGAAGUCGCUCUUCAAGCCGGCACUUCUCAUCAUUCUCUGCCCCGACCGCGCCUUGAGCGAGGCGGACGAGGCCGCUAUGAAGGCCGAGCUGGCAGCAGAGCUCCGGCUCGACGCCUUUGUCGACAUUCGCAGCUGGGCAAUCGACCUCAUGCGCCUCGACGGUGCCGAGUCCAACUUCGACGUCGAGACGGCCAAACUCCUCUUCCCUGUCGUCGUUCGCAACGAGCGCAUCCCGCGCCCCUUCAGCUCCUUCCUCAACCCGCUUGUAGAGGUUUGGCGAGCAAGUUUGGCACGGGCUUGCAAAGUCGUGCACGACUCGUCUGCAGCCCGAGACUUCACGACGACAUAUCUUCGUCAACUUGAGGACAUCAUCGCCCACAGCGAGGCCGUCGCUUCUCCUCCACCUCGCGCCAAAAUCAUCCUCCCCGAGUUCCCUAACGCCUCCACCUUCCGCUCCGACUGCGCUGCUUUCGCCGCUCUGCCCGACUUCCAGUCGAGCGGCAACUUCCCGGACCUCGCGACCCUUCUCGCGCAGCAACCGCCUGCGUCGGACCUCUCGCUCGCACGCGUCCUGCUCGAACACCUCGCUGUCUUUGUCCUUGAGACGCUCUCGCCGAUGAAGACGCUGCAAGGCUCGCUCGACGACGAGCUUCCCGGCGCAAUCGAGGACGUCCAGUCUGCGCUCGCAACGCUCGAAGACCGGCUUCGACCAGCGCAGCCGAUCCUGACGCCGCGGAAGAAGCGACGAGCGAGUGCGGCGCCCUCCGAGACGAACAGUCCGAAGAAGCAAGUUGGUGCGAACGGUAUAGCGGGCGAGGAGAAAGGGUUGUUGAACGGACGCGGGCAGAUGGCGAAGCCGCAGGAUCGGCUGAGCGCGCUUGAGGGGCUGAUGAAGGAUGCGAGGGCCUUGUUGGCACGGUAG